AUGUCACCACCCACUACGACCCCAAUGACCUUCUACGACAUCGCCCUCGCACCCCCAGUUACAAAAAAUGCCUGCUCCCCAAAUCCCUGGAAAAGCCGCUUCGCCCUGAACUUCAAAAACAUCCCCUACAAAACAACCUGGGUACCCCUACUUGAUGUCAGCUCCGUCCGUGCCCCUCUCAACAUCCCCGCCUCGCGCAAAUUCGCCGACGGUUCCCCUUACUACACCCUCCCUGUUCUCUCCGACCCUGCAACUGGACGCAUAGUGGGAGACUCCUUUGAAAUCGCGACAUACCUGCAAGAACAAUAUCCGUCAUCGGGGGCGGGGGACUUGUUCCCAGUGCAGGAGCUGGACUUCAAGUUUGCGCACGAGUUGGGAAAUUACCCGCCAAUUGCGGAGGCGCAGGGAGCGGAGGGGUCUACUGCCGCGUAUGCAAAGUUUAAUACUAAUGUCGAUGCUUUGUUCAGUGCGAAUGCGCGCGUGGUGGCGCAUGGUUUCCCAUUUGACCCUGCUGUUGCGGAGGAGUGCAAGGCGAUGUUUUCGAAGAGAGUGGGAGUUCCGUGGGAGGUAUUGGCGGUUGGUGCGGAUGAGAGGGGGGAGUUAUUGGGGGCUUUUGAGGAGGCCCUAGGUGGGCUUGCGAAGUUGUAUACGACUGAUUCGAGUGGGCCAUUUUUGUUGGGGAGUAGGGCGAGUUAUGCGGAUUUCAUUGUUGGAGGGUGGUUGCGUAUGAGUCGAGGCAUGUUGCCGGAAGAGGAGUGGGAAGCGCUGAAGAGGUGGCAUAGCGGUGUAUUUGGAAGGUUAGAUGAGGCGCUGGAGGUGUUUUCACAGAUGGACUAG